GCUGCCUAGCGCCGUUCCAUCAUAGAGGCGCCGUGACUGGCAACCUGGAUUCGCCUUGUGGGGGCGGCGCAUGCGUGCGGCGAACGCUCCCUUCCCCGCUACCCUCCUCCCAUCUUCUCUAUCCCCUUCUGUCAGUUGGCUAUCACCCGCCGCAGGAGCAGGAGCCGGGCCGGCUGGGCUCCCCGUUUUCCCGGCCCCCCGCCCACUAAACACCACUACCACUGGCCUCGGCAAAGAGCUUCCUUCCCCGUUGCCCCUCCGUCCUCUUUCUGUCGCCCUCCGCCAAUGUCAUGGACUCGCCCCCGAUGCUGCACCCGGUGAAGCUCUAUGUUUACGACCUGUCCAAGGGCAUGGCUCGACGCCUCAGCCCCAUCAUGCUCGGUAAGCAGCUGGAUGGCAUUUGGCACACUUCCAUAGUUGUUCACAGGGAUGAGUUCUUCUAUGGUAGUGGUGGGAUCGCCAGUUGUCCACCUGGUGGGACUCUGCUUGGGCCCCCAGACUCUAUUGUAGACCUGGGAUGCUCAGAAGUUUCAGAAGAGCUGUUCUUGGAAUACUUGUCCUCAUUGGGUGAAUCUAUAUUCCGAGGAGAGGCUUAUAACCUUUUUGACCAUAACUGCAAUACAUUCAGCAAUGAAGUGGCACAAUUCUUGACAGGGAGGAAGAUCCCUUCCUACAUCACUGACCUUCCAUCUGAAGUUCUUGCAACACCUUUUGGACAAGCUCUUCGACCUCUCCUCGACUCUAUUCAGAUCCAGCCACCUGGAGGAAAUAAUUUCAGCAGGCAUAAUGGACAGAGCUAGCAUACCUGGUGGAAAGUGCCUCAAUUUACCAUGGCAUUUACUUUUUAAACUCCAGCGUACCAGAUUCCUAUCUUAUCAUUUAUGCCAGCGUUAACAGCAAGAUGGUGCACCAGACUUUCCAGGGAGAGCAUUUACUGGAUUGCAUGUGAUACAAUGCUACCGGGGGAAAAUGGUCAUAAAGUCAAAUAGCGUAUUUACUUACUAAAUUUGUUUUUGUCUUGGUUAUGUUUGGGUGCUUUUGAAAUAUCCCUUGCUGAGAAAGUGGAGAUUAGGAAACCCAUUGCACAACUUAAGUAAUGUGAGUGGCACUGAGUAUGCUAGUCUAAGCCAUUCCUCGCAAGACUUGCUUAUUUCUAUUACCCUUGUUAGUGUAUUUCUGGCAGAAAUAACCCAAAAGGUGUGAGUCUUGCAACACUGAAGUUCCUAAUACUAACUCAGUGCUAAGCUUGAAUGUUCUUUUAAUUCUUUUGUAGGGGGGGGAGCUAAAAACAGUCACUGUAAACUAAUUUCUGUCUUAAUUUGAUAAUAUAGGUUAGCUCCUUUAUGGCAGUAAUCUCUACGGUAAACUACUGAAUUGAGUUCUAAUUCUGGGUAUGAGUGACUGCAAGACAUUCAAGUCUUGCAAUACCUAAACUGGACUGGAGAUUGUGUAUGUUCUCUCCAGUGUCAGGUGAGAUCAUUCCCGCAAAUCAUUUUUAGCCCUAUGUGAAGAAAAAUGUGUUAGAACUGGGAUCUCUAUAAACAGAAAAGUCUGUUUAAUUACAUACCUGCUAUCACAAUUAUUUCUUUAAUGGGCUGUUAAUUGCUAAAUAAUAGCUGCUCUGGAACAAAGUCCAAAAUCAAUAUUAUCACCCACUAUUUAAGGAAGAGGGAACUUGUUUCUCAAACUAGACAUGUCUUAAGAACAUGAUUGAAAAAUAUCUGUUUGGACUGACCAUGUCAUGUUUGUUCAGUGGUGAAGAACUUUUCCCACACCAUGGUCUCAAUCUGGAUCAGGAGCCCCUGCUGCUGCUUUUGCAAACAGAGGCACGGUUGAUCUAAGUACAUUUCUGAACCAUCUCCUUAAAAGUCACAUAUAGUCCAAAACAUGUGUCUUCCAGAUUUUUUGAAGAUUAUAUUUGGAGGGUCAUCUAUUCAGGAACAAAAGCAAAAGGAUCAUUCUUUCCUCUCCUUUUCUCUUCUCUCUCAAGGCUUUUGGAGCAAUAGCUGCUACCAUUUGAAAAUGCCCUGUCUGCCUAAUAAAGGCCUUCUCCAAAUUCAGCAUGAUCAAUUCAUUAUCAAUUCAUUAUUGAAUAUCAAUCAACUCUGAAAGGUCUAUGCUCUUUCUGUUUUUAACAAUAGGCUGAUUCCCACCCACCACCCCCAAUAACUAAUGCUCUUGAAAGAAGCACAGUGAAAAGCUAUAAUUUUCUGUUCAGACAUGGCAGGAACAGGGGGACUGUUAAUGCUCAGUCAUAAUAAUCACAUGUACAGUACCCUAAAAUACAGCAGUAUUCAAUAAUUUGUUAAUUAAAACCCUAAACAAGCAGCUAGAUUACCAUUUGAGAAUAUAGUGUGUAUGCCUUUAGGUUGAUGCAGCAGGAAAGGCUGUUCUCUUGCCCCAUGCCACCACCAUUCAUCUAUUCCCUGGUAUGAAAUUCUUCCAGUGACAGGUAAUAAAGGAAGGGAUGAAGAGAAUGGUGAAGGAAUUGGGUAACCUCCUCUGCUGCUUCAGAACCUUUGGACAAGAUCUCCAGAUUGCCACCUGGCAACCUCAUGUUUUCUGCUGGUAGCAUUUUAAACCUGUUUUGAUGACCAUUUCUAUGUGUAAAGUAGGGUAGCAGUAAAUCUGGUCCUGAAUGUUCUUUCAAUAGAUCAUCUUCUGCUUGUAAAAACACACUUGUCUCCCCUCAUUUAUUGCAGUGGAUGGGGGUUUGUGGUAGGAAAGAAGAACAGCAAAUCUAUUAACCAUUAAAAAACCAUCCUGCUGAAGGUUGCCAGAGCACUGAACAACUCUAUGCUUAAGUUUUUUCCUUCCAUUUCUACAACCACAACCAAAGCUUAUUUAUUUCCUACUUAAGUCCAUAGAGUUCAAUGGAACAUACUUUGUAGUAAGCAUGUUUUAGGUUUUCAGCUUGAGAAAUGCCAGCAGUUCGUCUUUACCUUUGUGUAUCAUAAGCAUUCCUUCUAUUCCUUCCUACAUGCCAUUCUCCAGCUGACUGGUGCAUCUGGCCAGAUGCAGAAGUGGAAUAAGUCCUGGAACUUACUUGACCACCCUAAUCUAAGCACUUUCCUUCCCACAACUUUAGGAAUGUGCAGUGUGAUCUGGUGUAUGUUUACUCAGAAGUAAAUCCCACUGAUUUCAAUGGGCCUUACUCCCAAGCAAGUACAUAUAUGAUUGCAGCUUUGGACAUCUUCACUGGGACUGAAAGUAGUUGAUGCCUCUUGCAUUAUGGAACCUAAUUUGUCCCCUGCUGCUGUUUCCAGUAAAGAGAUGAGCCUGUUUUUCUGUUCUGUAAUGUGUAUGGGCUCUUUCUUCACUUGUGUGCAAUAAUGAUUAGAGCCUCUGCAUCUAGGGAAGUUCUAGAAGAAGCUGCAUUUUAGGGCCUAAAUUAUCCAGUUGUAUCUUCUACCAGUUAACAUGGUUGAGUAUGGAUAUUCCAUAGUCAAGGGCUUGUUUUAAACCGAUUAGACAGGACAGCCAUGUUCACACCUAGCAUUCCACUCAGUCCCAUGUAUUUAUAAAAAAAUGAAACAUGUAUAUGUGUGUAAAUGGAUAGAUACACUUCCAGCCUAAACUGGCUGACAGUGGGCAGGGGAACCUGAAUCUGCUCUUGUAUGAGAGCAGAGUCUUGGUCCAAGUGAUGGAUCUUGUCAUUUCUGGGGAUUCCGUUUUGCCAUUUUAUAAUUAAAAUAAAGCCGUUGCCAGAAAUAAGUUUGGUCUCUCGUUGUU